AUGUCCAGUUUGACAGUUACUCGAUACCAGAGCAUUAAUGUCUUCUUGGAGGAGACCGAGAUGCAUUUACAGCUACAUGAAAUCAAGAAUACCUUUGUCUUGAUCACUGCAUACCAGAUACAAAAGGCGGAAAAGAACCAGGCGUACUACUGUGGUGCCGUCUGGGACGACAAGCAUGAUAUGAUAUUUGCUAUUCUUGCUCAGAACGAUGGAUUCUUAUAUGCUUCUUCCUUGUGCGAUGAGUACUAUCCUGAGGCAAUUGGAUUACUCGCAGGCGAUCUCCUCAAAGCAAGCGUCACUAUCAAGGGCUUGCAUGGCUAUCAACCUGUGUUGAACACACUACGAGACGCUAUUGAGACGCAAUCCAGCAUGAGAUUUGUCAAGAAGUUUGCCACCCUGAGUUACGAACUGAGACAGGUGAAAUGGCCAUCUCGAGCCAAGGAAAUAGCACAAGCCAAAUCAACAAGUCUGCGUGUUGCUUCCUUCACAUCUGAUGAUAGAAAUAUCCUGCAACAAUGGACCCACAACUUUAUUCAAGAUGCCUUUGACGAUCCAAAAGUGAUCACACAGUCUGUCGAAUCAAUUUGCCGAGACAUGAUUGCAUCCAAAGGAUUGUAUUUCAUGUGCAUUGAUGGUGUUCCUGUGAGCAUGGCAUGGAAAGUGAGACCACUACGCCAUGGCACUUCUUUGGCUUAUGUGUAUACACCAAAUGAACAUCGAAACAAAGGCUAUGGAGCUGCGUGCGUGGCUAUGGUAAGCGAGGCUAUUAUGAAAAACUAUGAAUACAUUACAUUGUUUGUAGACAUCAAGCGAGAUCCUAGCGAUAAUCUCUAUACUCGUGUUGGCUAUAAAUACUAUGGAGAAGCAGGGAGAUUGGAAAGACUUAUUUGA